GACCAUCGGCGGUUGCGGUCAAACAACGCCCACGAUUUACCCUCUUAUAGCCAAACGGCACCCAGGUUAUAGACAGCUAAACAUUUUUGCAUACCUCUUCUAUUUCUAGUCUUCCCAAUCACCUGUCCAAGAUGGCCCGCACCAAGCAGACUGCCCGCAAGUCUACCGGUGGCAAGGCGCCCCGCAAGCAGCUGGCCACCAAGGCCGCUCGUAAGACCCCCGCCACCGGCGGUGUGAAGAAGCCUCACCGCUACCGCCCCGGUACCGUGGCGCUGCGUGAGAUUCGCAAGUACCAGAAGUCGACUGAGCUGCUGAUCCGCAAGCUGCCGUUCCAGCGCCUGGUCCGCGAGAUUGCCCAGGACUUCAAGACCGACCUGCGCUUCCAGAGCCAGGCCGUGCUGGCGCUGCAGGAGGCUGCUGAGGCUUACCUGGUGGGCCUGUUCGAGGACACCAACCUGUGCGCCAUCCACGCCAAGCGUGUGACCAUCAUGCCCAAGGACAUCCAGCUGGCCCGCCGCAUCCGUGGCGAGCGCGCUUAAGCGCAGCGCUGGCUGCUGUUGCCUAGGCGCCUAGGCGUGUGCCCUCUCGGGUGCACGCCUACAAUCAAACUCGGUGUUUCUUAACACCACCUGUUUGGCCUGACUUGGGUGGCAAUGCCAGGAGUCCCGCCACGCUGUGAAGGGAAGGCCUCUCAUGGACUCCAUCCAAAUGAUCCAACCCAUCCAUGCCUGUCUGUCGGCGGUCAGUAGCAAACCUGAUACCCCUGUCACAGCGCGUAGAGUGCCCCUUCGCAGUAGUUCCGGUAUCCCCAAAACAUCACAUUACAUGCGUUAGAAAGGCCCGGCUUCCUUGACAUUUACCUUGCGUCAUCUGCCCAGCACGACCCUCCCUGGCCCCUGGCUGGAGGGACUCGUCUGCUCUCCUGUCGCCGUCGACUUCUGGUAGCAUAUCCGCCACUAAUGACCAGUGCGGCGGUAUGGGUGCGGGGCCAGCGUGUUGGCCCUUUAUUACGGCGGGGGCGCUUUACUCUUCCCAUGAAGAAGCAGAGAGGCGCGGGGGGGAGGGGGCGGGGUCGCCGUGCUGCACAAUUAGCAGACGAAGGGGUGCAUCUAUCUACUACUGUGUGGCUGCGAGCCUGUGUUCCCUUGUCUGGCGGCAAUGUUGCCCACCGGCAUUGAGUACGGUAUCGCGCGGAGCCGUGAGCCCGUGAGGCGUUGUUACUUUUAGCAUGCAGCGUCAUUGGGCAGGGGCGAGAUAGCGUGCAUGCGCCUCAGUCCACUCAGGGAGCGCUGACGAAAGCCCGAGAGGGCGGAGAGGCCGGGGAGACAACUCGACACCUAAAGCAGUGGCGUGCGUAGAACCAGCUGGGCAUGUGGGGGCCGAUCCGUAGCGUUAAAAGCUACUAAGCUAAAACUGUGGGCCAAUUAUCAGACUUAUGGCGUCAGCGUGUUUUGAAGAAGCAGGGCAGCGUCCAGUACGUGGUACAUAGUACGCGUACUACGAACU